AUGAGCGGGAGUGAAGACUUUACAAAGCGGAAACUAUGGGGUGGUCGGUUUACCGGAUCGACAGACCCACUGAUGCACGAAUUCAACCAAUCUCUCAAAUACGAUAAACGCAUGUACGCAGCGGAUGUCAAGGGAUCUAUAUCUUUCUCCAAAGCUUUGCUUAAGGCGGGGAUAUUGACUGAGAAAGAGCAAGAAGAGAUUGCCAGAGGGUUGACAUUGGUACAGGGUGAAUGGGAAAGGGGCGAGUUUAAAAUCCAACCUGACGACGAAGACAUACAUACCGCCAACGAACGUCGAUUGAGCGAGAUUAUAGGUAAAGACAUAGGAGGAAAGUUACAUACUGGCAGAAGUCGGAAUGAUCAAGUAGCUACCGAUAUGCGUAUCUGGCUUAUGGACGAGACGAAACAAGUGGAAGAUCAUCUAAAAGCUUUGUUAAUGGUCAUGGUAUCACGUGCGGAGAAAGAAGUGGAUGCUAUCAUGCCUGGUUAUACUCAUUUACAACGUGCCCAACCCGUUCGAUGGUCUCAUUUCUUACUCUCCCACGCGCAAUCUUUCCUCUCCGACUUGGAUCGUCUUCGUCAACUUUACCCACGUAUAUCAGUCCUUCCUCUAGGUUCCGCAGCCUUAGCGGGUAAUCCUUAUUCUCUCGAUCGAGAACUCCUUCGAACCGAACUUGAUUUCAUGUCGAUCGGUGAAAAUUCCAUGCACGCAGUCGCAGAUAGAGAUUUCAUUGUUGAAUGGUUACAAUGGGCGUCAUUGACGAUGAUUCAUAUGAGUCGAAUGGCGGAAGAUUUGAUAAUUUAUUCAAGUGCAGAAUUUGGUUUUGUAACUUUAUCAGAUGCUUAUUCCACCGGAUCAUCCAUAAUGCCUCAAAAGAAAAACCCAGAUUCUUUAGAAUUAUUACGUGGGAAAUCAGGUCGUACAUUCGGUCAAAUGGCAGGAUUCAUGAUGUCUUUAAAAGGAAUUCCAUCAACUUAUAACAAAGAUUUACAAGAAGAUAAAGAACCUUUAUUCGAUUGUGUCGAUACUAUCUCAGCGGCAUUACGUAUAGCAGAAGGAGUCAUUUCAACACUUUCCAUUAAUCCUAUUCGUAUGAAACAAGCUUUAACGAUGGAUAUGUUAGCUACGGAUAUAGCGGAUUAUCUAGUUAGGAAAGGUGUUCCUUUUCGUGAAACUCAUCAUAUUUCAGGAAGAGCAGUUGCUUUGGCUGAAAAUGAAGGUGUUCAAAUAUCAGAUUUGAAAAUGGAUCAAUGGUUAGGAUUGAGUGAUAAAUUUGAGCAAGAUGUUAUGGAAGUGUUCGAUUUCGAAAACAGUAUAGAGAAAAGGAACGCUAUUGGUGGACCUGCUAGGGUUAUGAUACAACGUCAGGUUGAUGUGGCCAGGGAAAGAAUUGAAAGUUGAGAGUUGAGAGUUGACAUUCGAUCAUGAUUUUUCAAUAUAUCAAGGUGGAGGAUAGAAAAAGAAAGAAAAA